AUGCCCUCGAAACCCUCCUUCUGGUCCAAGUCGAACAAGUCGCAAGCUUCUGUGGGCAGUGCCACCGACUACGCGUCGUCGGCCUCUUCAGAACACCGCUUCAGACAGCCAGACGACGCGCAGCAGCGCAGCUAUCCCCCGCCGCCCACGCACUCGCUCCCGGGCUCCAAUCUGUCGCUGGACCGCCCCGUCACCGUCCCCGCCGCCGCCGACGUCCCCGCAACGCCCGUCGACCGCGCCAGCGCGCAGCCCUAUGCCCCAUACUCGCCGCAGCCCGACCGUAGCGUGAACUACGCUCCCGAAAAGAAGUCACUGCGCAGCAGACUCGGCCUGGGCUCGUCCUCCAAGGACAGCCACGAUUCGCAGCCCAAGGACAAGGGUCUCGGCAGACGCGUGUCGGUCAGAAAGAAGGAACUCCCCGUCCCGCGCCCGCAGAGCCUCGCCGAAGACCAACGCUAUUGGCAGCAGGGCAAGCAGCUAGCUCCAUCGCACGAGGUUGACGAGCAUAACCCGCACCUCGACCCGUUCCUGCAGGUGCAGCCCGACGAACGCUCGCCUGUGCCGCCCGCCAAAGACGCCUACUACGAACCCAACAACCCCACCAUUGGCCAGAGCCCAGACCCGAACGAGUACCGCCGUGCGUCGCUCGCCCGCGUCAACACCCAGCAAAGCUUCCAGCAGAGCCUGCGUGGCCGCAAUUCGGGCGAAUAUCAACACGGCCCCCACCUGCACGGCAACGGUGGCUUGAGCGCCCACAAUCCGCCCCCACCUCACUAUCAGCAGCCGUACACCCAGCAGCCUCAGGUACAGGCCAACCAAAAUCAGCUUCACCAAGCCUUGAUCCCGCAAUCCGCUGACGGCGUCGGCCCUCAGAGUCAGCACUCGCACGGAGGGGACUCUCAGCAAGCUCAGCAGGAAUACAUCAAGCAGCAAGCGGAUUUUCAGGCGUACCAGCGACUCCAACAGCAAGAGCAGCAGCAGCAGCAACAGCAGCAGCAACAGCAGCAGCAACAGCAUCAUCAUCAUCAUCAUCAUCAUCAUCAACAAAGUCUUUCUGGUUCUAGGCAGCAGCAGGAGCAGGAUCUUCAGUUCAUCCCGCCCGAGACGUCCGCUCCGCCGCAGCAACAGCAGUUUCAGCCGCAGCAGCCGGAAGCCUUCCGUACGCCCGUUGUUCGUGUCCCGGCUCAGGCGCCACCGCAGCGGCUUUCUCAGGAACAGCCAACGCCUCAGCUGCCUCAGCCCCCGCACCAGAUUUCCCCGUCCCCUGCUCCAAGCCACCAAAGUCAGAGCCAGACCCUGGCCCCGCAAGUAACCCAGGACUUUGUCGUUACCCCAAUACAGGAACCUCAACCGCAGCAGUCGACCGAGCAGAUGCCUCCGCCUUCGAGCAAACGCUCCCCCGACGCCCCCAAGGGUGGCCUGUCCUCCACAUCGAGGGAAAGUUCCAACCUUACGCCGCAACCAACUCCUAACCGUCAGACGUUUAGCGCGGAUGUCGUUCCUUCCGGAUCGCAGGACCAGCGUUUUAGAGGUAGCAAGAAUGGUGGCAAUGACAAUGAGAGUGGCCGUGGCACUCCGCCGCCCAAGCGUGCCGUCAGUGACAUGAGUGAUGAGGAGGUGGCACAACUGCAGAAAGACCAUGAAGUUUUGCGCGAAAAGUACCAAAAGGUCAAGCGGUACUUCUUCGAGCAGCAGUCCCAGGUCCAUUCGCUGCAGAACACUUUGGCUCACCAGCGUCUUUCUCAAUCGCGUACUUCUCUCGACGAUACCGAGUACAACGCACGAUUUGAGCGCCUUCAUGGUCUUGUCAAGCAAGCUGCCUUUGCCAUUCGGAAGAUCUGGAAGGAAAUCCCGCCCUGGUUGCAGACUGCUGUCAAUCAUGAUGCCGUAAAGGUUGGCACGCGUGAGAUGACUGCCGUCGGACGUGCUGUCAUCAGCAAAUGGCUGCUUGAUGAAGUCUUCAAUAAGUUUUUCCACCCCGAUCUUGACCAGCACCUCUCCAAACAGCUCAAGAGCUGCCACAUCAACAUCCGCAGACACGCUCCCUUAGCAAGUAAUACCGAGGAAGAGGAAGCACUCACGUCCAAGCUCAUAAACUGGCGACUCGCAACCACAGAGGGCUUCGCAGAGCAGCUUCGUGGACCGCAGGCAACGGCCAACCGCGAACUGUUGAUAAAGUCGCUCAACGAGUCCCUGACUGCCACUAUGGAGAUGUAUGUUGUGGACCCGAACCACGAGGACUUCCUAGAGCUGAAGGCGAAUGUUUCACCGAUAAUCGAACUCACCAUCAACAUCCUCUCGCACCUGCCGCUCGAGAGCCGCGAAAUCGCCAUCGAGCAUUAUCCACCCGGACACGGCAUCAUGGGCGAGCAAAUGACGGUCGAGAGCGGCAUCCCCCCUCUGGCCCAGCCCUGCGCGGACGGCGUCCUGCAGCAUCGCGACAGCGAGUCCGCGGAGCGCGCGAGCCUGGCCAGCGCAGCCAGCGACAUGAAGGACAUGACCGCAGGGGCCGUCGGCGUCGAGGACGAAUCGCAGCAGGGCUCGCCGCCGGGCCCCCAGCAGGAGACGACCAAGCGCUCGGGCGGCCGCGGCAUGUUCUCGAGCAUCAUGGGCGGCGGCGGCAAGAAGCUGCAGCAGAGCGAGGCCCGCCAGCGCGAGCGCGAGCAGCAGCUGGGCGCCGUCCGCACCGGCGACAACGGCGGCAGCAGCCAGGUCAGCCUGCAGUCGGGCCCGCCGAAGGAGGAGCUCCCGCCGCGGGUCCGCAUCGCGACCGGCUUGAGCGUGCGGAUCUACGGGAAGGGCGUGCUGUUCAAGUCUACGGUGUUCCCGACUGCUUAG